UUAGCUAUAAGCAAUGCCGCCAGAGAAUGGAAAAGUGCAAAGGGGGCAAGUGCUUGUGUAUUCCAUCAUUGGCUGUCCUCACUGCGUGCGAGCGAAGAACUCCCUCCGUCAGGCUGGAAUACAGUACGUGGACGUCAGCUUGGACAUGUUUUCACCGGAGGUGCAGCAGGAGGCUGUUAGACUCAGUGGGGGCAAGAGUAGUGUUCCUCAGAUAUUCUUCAAUGAGAAGUACAUUGGGGGCAACCAGGAACUGCAAGAGCUGAUCAACAAUAAAGAAGAAUGGGACAAGUUAGUUACUUAUAUAGAGGAAACGGAACCAACAAAAGACAAUCCCCAACCGCCAGAUGCGUCUCUGGCCAAAAACGAAGAAGCAGCGGGUAUGCUGCUGAAAUGCGAGGCAGAUGAGUAUGCGCUGCUGAUUGGUCAGCUGAAGUCGGAGGGCGUGAUCAGCAGCAAGUCUAUGGGUCUCUUCACAAAGGCGAAACAAGGCUUCACUGGCAAGGAUUUUGUGAAAUGGAUGAAGGAGACAAAAGAAGUAGACGAAGCAAAAGCUCGGGAAAUAGGACAAGCACUUCUGGACCAGAAUUUUAGUCACAACAUAAAGCAACAGCAGUUUAAAAAUGACUCAACAGUGUAUACGCUCUUAGAAGACACAUUCAGCCAGGCACUUAACGCCUCGACUUAUGAGUGCGCUGUCGGAUCCGCGACUGAAGUCGGCGAGGAGCUGCGUAAGCUCAUUCUGAAACUAUAUGCAUUAUUUAUUUCACCAGAUGGGACUGCUGUCGGCUACAGGGGAAUGGCAAAAAGCAAAGAGUUUGAGGUCUAUGAGAAACUGUCUGCAGAGUUACAACGUGUUGAUGUUGCUAACAUUACUCGGAACGAUAAAGUGGCCUUUUUCAUUAAUAUAUACAAUGCCAUGGUCAUCCAUGCUACUAUAAAGAAAGGGGCGGCUACGAAUCUGUGGGCGCGCUAUAAAUUCUUCAACUGUUCCUAUUAUAUAAUAGCUGGAGAGCUCUAUUCUUUGCAAGAUAUCGAAAACGGGAUUCUAAGAGGAAACAAAAAAGGCGUGGGGAUGCUGAGGGUGCCGUUUCAAAAUGGAGAUCCACGGAAAGAGUUAGCCUUGGAAAAAGCGGAACCGCUGAUUCAUUUUGCAUUGAAUUGUGGAGCUAAAAGUUGUCCCCCGAUCAAAACAUUUUCUCCAAAAGGUUUACAGGAGCAGUUGACUACAGCAACUGUGUCGUUCUUGGAGUCAGAGGAGAACUGUUCAGUGGAUGAGAAAAAUGGUACUGUGACUUUGAGUGAAAUAUUCAAGUGGUACAGAAGCGAUUUCGGAAACAGUGACUUGGAAGUGUGUGAGUUCCUGUUAAAGUAUGUUCGAGAUGAGAACAAGAAGACUGGUUUGGAGAAGCUACUGGCAGAUAAAAAGGUCAAAUUGAGAUACUCGAAGUACGACUGGGGACACAAUGGAAAAAAAGAUUAAUCGAUCUGUACAAGAAGUGUCAUUAUCAGAUGUGAAACCACACAUGUAUGCAUGAAAUAACGAUGCUUAGUUUAGCGAAUUCUAAAUGUGCUGGAAAUAUCUGCUUCUAUCCAUAUCAUAAUUAUAAAAGAUUUUUCUGAGCUUUACAUUUGAACAACUGAUUAUUUUUAUCUGCCAAUAUUAAUUGGAUGUUUAAGUGCCAAUGAACACAGUGAAGUUACUUUACCGGUCGUGUCGAUUUCACACCAAGUUUGAUCUUUCGCGGUUUGACUUUUGAUUUCUAUUUAAGUUUCUGAAAAAUUCAUUUGCGAAAAAGAAGGCAAAAAACGCUUUCCGAUUACGAAGCAGAAAUAGCGAGAAAAAGCAUGAACGACUUCUAAAUUAGCAAAGUGGAUUUUAUUUUAAGGAGUAGAAUUUAUCUUAUUUGAUAAAACACGUGUCUUCAGAAUGUUUCCGCGCCAUAUUUGAAUAACUAGUGCAACAUUUGAAACACUAGUGCAAUAUUUGAAAUACUAGUGCAAAAUUUUUCCCUGAAUAAUCAACCAAAACAAAUUAGAAAGAAAAAAAAUGCGUGUUAUCGUGAAAAUUUUUCAAAUGUGUUUUGUUCAAUUUUUUUCACCUUUGUUUUUUUUUACCAGAUGCGUUGCAACUCGAAGUUUGUUCACAUCUUAACACAGCGUCUCGAUUUGUUCACAAAUUUUCUCGAUGCAAUAUAUAGCUGUUGCUUAUCUACAAGAUUCAGUUGUGGGUUAAUUUUAUUAAUUUAAUGAUUUAAUUUUAGGCACUUAUUUCGGUUUCCUUAUUUCGGUUUUCCAAUUGUCUGUUGCCUAUUUUUGUAGUGUUAGUGCUCCUGUUUGUUAUCAUCUUUUUGUAAAUUGUGUAUAUUUAGCAAAUAAUAUAUUUAAUAUCUUGAGAGAGUAA